AUGACCCGUCGUAAUCAAUUCAAGCAUGGGGAUGGAUUCCCCAUUGUAAGCCUUGCCUUCAUGCGCCAAUCGACUGUUUGGAAGGAGGCUGUUGAAAAUCGCUUUAUUGCCUACGUCCUUGUAUAUCCUUUAAUACUUGCAUCCUUUUCUUUGCAUCCCCUUGCAGCCAUCCUGCUCCAUCGGCCCCCUAGCCGCACCUCACUGUUCAUGCGGAUUACCGGUAGCCUGCCCAGUAACCGAUCUCCAGCUACUGCGCGUGCAGCUGCCGGCCCCUGUUAUUUUCCCCAGUCCUGGACUCGCCUGCCCCCGCGGCUUCUGGACGCAGAC